GCCUUACUAUCUCGGACCUUUGCACCAAUUGAGCGUCGACACGGAUGGCAGCAUUGGCUUGAUCCUUCGGCAAGACUUGUCUCGUUCUCUUACCGUGUGGCUUAGUUCUGCAUGUACCCUGUGUGUUAUAUAGAGAUCAUGAUCCCACCUUCUCCUGACAGCAGUCUCGCAUUAUUUUGACAUUCUCUUACAUUCGCUUACUCCGUAUCCUCACCACCGAACCACCAAGAUGCGCACCACUGCCCUCGCCGUCAUUGCUGCUGCCACUUUGGCCACCGCUCAGCUCGGAAGCAUUCCCAGUUGUGCUAUGUCUUGUAUCUCCCAAGCUCUGCCCGCAAGUUGCAAUCUCAACCCUCAAUGCAUUUGCGCCGAUGCCAGCUUCAUCAGCACCAUCUCUUGCUGUGUGUCGACUGCCUGUGACACUGCCGGACAACAAGCUGCUCUUGGCUACGCCCAGCAGAUCUGCGCCCCAGUUGGCGUGACAAACCUCCCCACUGCUGCCUCUUGCGCCACUGGAUCCGUUUCAUCUUCAGGUACCAGCGCCGCUGCCGUCGCAACUGCAACUGGAAGUGCCGCAUCAAGCUCGCUCUCCUCGGCAAGCCAAUCGUUAUCCUCUCUCGCCUCUUCUGCUAGUCAGGUCGCUUCAUCGCGCUCAAGCAGUGGAAGCAGCGCUGCCGCAUCAGGUACCUCCUCUGCUGCCUCCGCUGCCCGCUCAGCGAGCAGCUCAGUCGCAAGCGCUGCGUCGAGUGCUAGCUCAUCGGCUGCCGCUGCUGCGACUGGAGGUGCCGCUAGCUUGAACCCCAUGGGUAUGGCCGGUGUAGCUGCUCUUGGUGCUUUUGCCCUUUUGUAAGCGAAUAUGCGUGGAUUUGAUACUUUCACCGUUGUUUGAUUGUAUCGUUCGAGAGCUGGUGUACAUAGUUGAUGAAAGACAAGUUAAUGUGACCAUAGCCAACGCAACAUGUAUCCGUACUUCUUCUGACCGCUACUUGU